GACUCCUUGCCAGUGGUUCUGGCCUGCAGCGACCAAGCCCCUCUGGUGGUAGUCUCCGAGUCCAUGCAGCGAUUGCACCAUCUGAUGGCUGGCUCUCGUCUGGAAUUCAUCUCGUCCUCGAAGUGGUCCUGGCACCUGGAGGGAGAGGACAUCUGGGACGAGGUCGCCGUGAUGCUGCAGACUUUGCUCCCAAUUGGAGUUCCAGUUCAGUCCAGCCCCAAGCACAUUUUUGCGCUUGAAGAGCAACGACAGGUCUAUGUCAUCGAGCCAGAAUCAUCUCCUUCUGCCCAAGUUCUCUACCUGGGUCUGCCGCGAUUCAUCCCCUUUGCACUGCAACUGCCAGCGCUGGAGCACUGGGCCCGCGUACUGCGCGUGAAGAUAUGGGCCAUCACGGAAGACAGCAUAGAUGCAGAAAGAUUUCGACCAGGCGUGAGCCACAGCGAAAUUCAAGAGGAGCUGGUUGGCUUAGUGACUGCCUUGCUGCCUUCGCUGGGGGACAAGUUCUUGCUCGUUGACAGCACUUGGGGCGCAGGUACAUUCCUAGCGUGGCGGUUUCGGGAGCGACUUGCUGGAGUCAUGGUUCUGAAUGUCCACCUGUUCAUGGCUCCGGACUUCGAUGGCACGGAGCCUGCAAAGAAGAUCAAGAACCGCAUGGCCAAGCUUGGUGAGUUCUUUGCGAACAGGGAUAUGGACAACAUACUGGCGGUACUCCCGGACUUCAUGUACCCCACAGGCGGUGCCGAGGGGGUAGAGGCCACCAAACAGACUUAUGCAGCUGCACUGUCCUCAGCGUCGGAGAACUUCUGGAAGCUGUCUGCCCUGCAACCGUCGUG